UCCAUUGGUGAAAAAAUGCGCACCGAGUGCAAAUUUUUAUAAACCAUUGGUCAUUGUAGUGCAAGUAUUCGUAUUCCAUUGGUAAACUGGUGUCGCAUUUGUUGCAUUUAGUGCAAAAAGUUCCGCACGAGGUCUUGAGCAGGUGCGGCACUGGAAUUGAUCAGCUGUUUUUUGUUGUGUUUAUUUCGAGGGUUUAUUUGAAAAUGGCCACAAGCAAAGAGGCAAAGGCGGUUUUAUGUUUAGCCAUUUUAUCUAGCAGCAGCAGUAGUAGUGAGGAUGAGGAGUUUGUUGCCUUGUUAAAGGAGAGAGUGAAGUUACCAAAAAUUAAAAACUUUGUGGAUGAAGUACUUAAUAAAUUAAGCGACGAUCAGUUUCAGAAAUACUUUCGAUUACAAAGAACAACAGUGCAGUUAUUAAUUAACAAAUUUCAAAACUCGAAAUAUUUCCCGAAAAAUGAUGGACAUGGUGGUCGGGUACCUAUACCUGCAGAAGUGCAUACAUAUGCAUUUUUAUGGUUCGCUGGCAAUAAAUGCACAACUAAAGAUGUUGGACAAAGGUUCAAUAUAACUGAAUCAUCGUUUCACAGAGUGAUGGACCGGUUUAUGGGAUUUCUGUUAGAAUUGGGCCCAGACAUUAUAAAAAUGCCAAAGUCUGCUCUAGAAUUGGAACAAAUAGAAAAAGAAUUCAGAAAGGUAGCUGGAUUUCCAGGUGUCGUGGGAUGUAUUGAUGGAACGUCAAUCACGAUUAGAACGCCUGCUCACAAGAUAAAAUCAACUUAUGUUAACAGACAUGACAUACCAUCCCUAACACUACAAGGCAUAUGUGACUACAAGCGUAGAUUUAUAGAUGUCUUUACAGGCAUACCGGGAGAUGGAGCAUACUUCAUAAGACCAUGGCUUUUAACUCCAUAUAAAGAUUAUGGAAAGCUAACACCUGACCAAGUUAACUAUAAUAAGAAGUUCUGUGCUACUCGUGUCUUAAUUGAAAACACUUUUGGCAUUUUAAAAAGCAGAUUUCGCCAAUUAACCAGAUUGGAUAUGAAAUCUGUUGUAACUGCAACAAAGAUUAUAAUAAGCUGCUGCAUCCUCCACAAUUUUUGUAUCAAUGUUGAUGACGUAAUAAUUGAUGACAUUGAAUACGAAGAACGUUUUCAAGAAGGUGCUAGAGGAGAAACUGAAUGGCAGCAGCGAAAAAAAGGCGAAGACAAGCGCAAUAAUAUAAAAAUGAGUUUAAUAUAG